AUGGAUACACCUCAAUAUCAACAACAUAAAAGGGAUAUAGAACAACGUGAGACUAUAGUACUGUGUACAGUGUUCUCAGAGUGCGGUGACUACUUGGUUGCCGCCAACAACUUUGGUUACAUCAACAUCUGGUAUCUCAACACUCCUCUAUUACAUGGUGGUAGUGUUAGUAGUAGUAACAGUAGCAAUCAUAUCAAUGGCAAUAACAAACAACAACAACAACAACAGAUGAUGAUGAUAGAUCAUCAAUACGAUGACUACACAUGCUCAUACUCAUUCAAGGCGCACAACACACCUGUCAACUGUCUACUAUUCUAUGACGACAGUCAACUCCUAUCCUCAGAUGAUACAGAGAUACGUGCAUGGGACUGGCAAUUGAUCAAAGAUAUCAUAAAGAGUAAAAGAGAAGACCCAACAGCGAGCGGUGUUAAUAGAACAAUCAAACAUCUUUAUGAUAUACCUUCACCUCAGAAGGUUGGAACGAGAGGUGCAUUGUCUGAACGUAGUGAGAUCAAUGGAAUGGACAGGGAUAGCAAUGGUAAACUGUACAUUGGUUGUGGAAACUCAAACGCCUAUUGUUGGGAUAUAAGGAGCGGUCGCAACGUUGCAUCAUUCGUCGGCCACAAGGACUAUGUACAUCAGGUCAAGUGGAACAGAUCAUACAACACUCUGAUCACAUCAUCAGAGGAUGCCACUGUUAGAAUAUGGGACACCAACACAGCUCAAUGUCAAACAAUCCUUACGCCUCAUCUAAAGAAGUCAAUGGCACCAGACUCCACCUCCACCACCAAUGGCCAUGUCAAUGGUACUAGUACACCAGCAUCUUCAGAACAACAAAGCAAUCAUUGGACGGGUGCUUUGGACUUUGAUGUCACUGGCAACUGGUUGGUAGUUGGUGGCAGCACAUUGACCAUGUGGUACCUUGGCAAACUGAACACCAUGUCUGCCAUGCUCUCAAAUCGUCCAUGUGAAUCAUUCCACUCUGUCAUCUUUGAGAAGGAUAGAGUGAUGGCAUGUGGAAGUGAAAGAAUUGUAAACUAUUAUGGACUGGAUGGUAACUUGUUGAUGAAGGUACCUUCGACCAAUGAUAUACUCUAUACUCUAGCAUAUAAUCCAUUGCAAAGGAACCAAAUAUUGGUAGCAGGUGGUACAUCACCAUUGAUCAACACCUAUAUCAACCAAGAGAACAUUGCAUUUUCUUAUUACUUCAACAACAAUGACAGUAGUAGUAGUAGUUAG